AUGACCAAGCUUACUGAUCAAUGUGAGGACUAUAGCAAAGUGGCUCCUAUGGAGGAAGGUGAAGCUGAUGAUGCAAAUCAUUUGGAUUUCGAAGUUGGAAGGCAGCCGAAGCCGCCUCAGGAUGGAGGUUGGUACAGUCAGUUUGCCGAUUGGGCGCAGCCGAAGCCGCCUCAGGAUAGAGAUCGGUACAGUCAGUUUGCCGAUUGGGUGCAGCUGAAGCCGCCUCAGGAUGGAGAUCGGUACAGUCAGUUUGUCGUUGGUGCGCAGCCGAAGCCGCCUCAGGAUGGAGGUCGGUACAGUCAGUUUGUCGUUAGUGCGCUGCCGAAGCCGCCUCAGGAUGGAGGUCGGUACAGUCAGUUUGUCGUUGGUGCGCAGCCGAAGUUGCCUCAGGAUGGAGAUCGGUACAGUCAGUUUGUCGUUGGUGCGCAGCCGAAGCCGCCUAAGGAUGGAGAUCGGUACAGUCAGUUUGCCAAUGGGGCGCAGCUGAAGCCGCCUCAGGAUGAAGAUCGGUACAGUCAGUUUGCCGAUUGGGCGCAGCCGAAGCCGCCUCAGGAUGGAGAUCGGUACAGUCAGUUUGCCGAUUGGGUGCAGCUGAAGCCGCCUCAGGAUGGAGAUCGGUACAGUCAGUUUGUCGUUGGUGCGCAGCCGAAGCCGCCUCAGGAUGGAGGUCGGUACAGUCAGUUUGUCGUUGGUGCGCAGCCGAAGCCACCUCAUUAUGGAGGUCGGUACAGUCAGUUUGUCAUUGGUGCGCAGCCGAAGUUGCCUCAGGAUGGAGAUCGGUACAGUCAGUUUGUCGUUGGUGCGCAGCCGAAGCAGCCUCAGGAUGGAGAUCGGUACAGUCACUUUGCCAAUGGGGCGCAGCUGAAGCCGCCUCAGGAUGAAGAUCGGUACAGUCAGUUUGCCGAUUGGGCGCAGCCGAAGCCGCCUCAGGAUAGAGAUCGGUACAGUCAGUUUGCCGAUUGGGCGCAGCUGAAGCCGCCUCAGGAUGGAGAUCGGUACAGUCAGUUUGUCGUUGGUGCGCAGCCGAAGCCGCCUCAGGAUGGUGGUAGGUACAGUCAGUUUGUCGUUGGUGCGCAGCCGAAGCCGCCUCAGGAUGGAGGUCGGUACAGUCAGUUUGUUGUUGGUGCGCAGCCGAAGCCGCCUCAGGAUGGAGAUCGGUACAGUCAGUUUGCCAAUGGGGCGCAGCCGAAGCCGCCUCAGGAUGAAGAUCGGUACAGUCAGUUUGCCAAUGGGGCGCAGCUGAAGCCGCCUCAGGAUGGAGAUCGGUACAGUCAGUUUGCCAAUGGGGCGCAGCCGAAGCCGCCUCAGGAUGAAGAUCGGUACAGUCAGUUUGCCAAUGGGGCGCAGCUGAAGCCGCCUCAGGAUGGUGGUCGGUACAGUUAG